AUGUCAGAAAGCCCAAUCUCUCAGCUAUCUCAUCUCUCCACACAAAAGAAGAAGGUUGCAACGGUGCCGAAGGCAUUGGAUUCCCCAGGCGCAAUAGCAGCAAGGUGGCCCAACAAGAAGCAGUUGGCCUUUUUUACUGCCUUCUUGCCUGAGUACCUACAGCUACAGGCUGAGAACACGGGACCCUUCAAGUACAGGACACUCUGGCCUCGCAUUUUUGAGCUUUACUUCAAAGAUUGGCCGGAGCUCCAGUUCAUUGCACCUGACCACAAUACCACCACUGUCCUGUCUCCUGACUUGCAACAGAAAGUCAACAAUGCAGUUGACAAGUGCCAUGCGCUUGCAAAUGAUCUAAAGAAGAACCCAGCACUCCAUGAGGAGAUCAAAAAUUACAAGGCAUCUCACCGGGUACCAACAAAGAGCUCAGCAACAGUAGUGCAUCCUCCGGGCUUGCUGGAAGCUACUCUUUCUGCUAAAGUAAUCGUCAAUGGUAUUAUACCAGGACUUUUGCAGAUUUUAAACGAGUGCAGUGAUCUGACUCGGAGUGGAGAGUCUCCAGGGUGGUAUUUCUCUCUACUUGUUGGAGGAAGAGAUCCAAGUCAGGCAAAAAUCAACAUUGGACUUUCUGAGGCACAGAACACAUUUCAGGAGCUUCUCUCUAUCUGGGAUGCUAUAGUUGAGCCCACAUUCAAGAACUUUGCAGCUACUGCUAAACCACCAAUGCUUGAAUGCAACGAAGACAAGAUAGACGUUGAUGACCCUCUUGGUGUGUAUCGCAAUCACAGUGAGCCAAAGGACAAUGCUGAGCUUGGGGACAACAACAGCCUUGAGAACAAUGUCAAGAUCCCAGACCUUAUCGAGGAGCAACUCAACGACAAAGAGGAUGACAAAGAAACAAGCAGGGACGAUACAAGCCAAGACAACUGUGCUUUCAAGUAUCAAGCCGGUUUUUUGAGCGCCAAAGACCCCAACAUUAAUGGAGGUUUAUGGACAGACGAUAUCUUUAACACCGAUGUGCCGCAUGAUUUGUCAACUGCUUCCUCAUCCAAAACUGGUGUUAGUGUACCAGGCACUCACUAUCACUCUGAUAAUGGUACAUUUCAAAUCUUGUCAUUGUUUGAUAUAUCUAACUUUGAGGCCUUCAUACCUGGCCCUCAGCUAAACAGUCCCAUUCAGCACACUUAUCCCAUGCCAGAAACUCGGUCACAGGACCCUGUGUUCUCAGACUUGCCCCAUCAUGGUUCAGUUGGGUUUUCACCUGACCAGCUUCAGGAACUUGCCUGCCAAGUGAUCCAGAUGCACUCACCAGCGCCACUUCUGUCAUCCAUCCCAAUGGCCCAAUCUCCUCCUAUGCAUGCUAGUCUGAUCAGUCCACAGCACCAUCACCAAUAA